GGCUCUGGGUAGGGCCGAGCGCCGCCUUCUCUACCUCGCCCGGCCGAUCGAUCGUAAGAACCGGCUGACUGAGAAGCGGCGGUGGCUGCUGUUGUUGCAGCCUUUGCUCGCCCAGCGCACCAUGGAGCAGCCGCGAAUCUGCACAAUCAAUUCCGAGCCGGGAUGGUAUUUGUCGGCUCAGGACCUGGAAGAUGGAGCCCCGCUCCUCUCGCCCCCGGACACGGCAUCCUUGAAUCAUGUAUCAACUGGCACCUCCUUUGGCUUUUCUGUGUUUAAUUUAAUGAAUGCUAUCAUGGGAAGUGGGAUUCUUGGUUUGGCAUAUGUCAUGUCCAAGACAGGAAUCAUUGGAUUUAGUAUGCUGCUGUUAAUUGUUGCUACCCUUGCAUCUUAUUCUAUAUUUCUGUUGCUUAGUAUGUGCAUUUAUACUGCUGUCACGUCUUAUGAAGACCUUGGUCUCUUCGCCUUUGGUUCACCUGGGAAGGUUAUUGUGGCCAGUACAAUCAUUAUACAGAACAUGGGAGCUAUGUCUUCUUAUCUUUAUAUUCUUAAAUCCGAACUUCCUGGCGCUAUUGCAGGACUUCUGAAUGGAGACCAUAGUGGUUCUUGGUAUCUUGAUGGAAGAUUACUGCUGCUGAUUACCUCAGUUUGUAUCAUCUUCCCUCUAGCACUUCUUCCUAAAAUUGGCUUUCUUGGCUACACAAGUAGUUUAUCAUUUUUCUUUAUGGUGUACUUUGCUCUUGUGAUAAUAAUUAAAAAGUGGUCCAUUCCUUGUCCUCUGCCACUAAACUUUGCUACAGGAUUUUGCCAGGUUUCAAAUUCUACUAGAGACUGUAAUGCACAACUUUUUAAUUUCUCCAAAGAGAGUGCUUAUGCCAUUCCAACUAUGGCUUUCUCAUUUCUCUGCCAUACAUCAGUAUUGCCAAUUUAUUGUGAGCUCCAAAGUCCAUCCAAAAGCAGGAUGCAAAAGGUUGCCAACACAGGAAUUGCUCUCAGCUUUCUAGUUUAUUUUCUGUCAGCGCUAUUUGGAUACCUCACUUUUUACAACCACGUGGAUUCAGAAUUGCUUCAAGGAUACAGCAAGUACUUACCCCAUGAUACAGUCAUCCUGACAGUAGAACUGGGAAUCUUAUUUGCUGUGCUGUUGACAGUGCCUCUAAUUCAUUUCCCUGCAAGAAAAGCUGUAAUGAUGAUAUUUUUUUCACAUCUUCCUUUCUCCCUAAUCCACCACAUUUUCAUCACUUUAGUACUAAAUACAAUUGUGGUCUUGCUCGCAAUGUAUGUGCCUGAUAUCAGACAGCUUUUUGGAGUAGUUGGGUCCACCACUUCAACAUGCUUGCUCUUUGUGUACCCUGGCCUAUUUUAUCUUAAGAUUAGUACAGAGGACUUUAUAUCAUGGCAAAAACUUGGGGUUGUUGUCCUCGUCUCAAUGAUACCCACAUAUCCAUAUGAAAACAUCUUGAUAUUUGUGUUGUAAAUGAAACUUUGCCACCAUCUAAGAAGCAAAAUGAUACCAUUACAACCAUUGCUUUGAUUAACAAAGGAUUAAUUGAUUUCUGUUUUUAGGGUUCAUCUGUUUGUCUCACUUUUAUUCACAGGCCUGUGCACUGCUAAUUUUUGGCCUCCUUGUUGGUCUUCUCAGUUUAUCAGUAAUCGUGUACAGUUGGGUCCACCAUUGAAAGUAUUCCUGCCUUCUAAAAUCUAGAAUUGUACAUAAGAAGAACUAGUAAAAUGAAUAAUUUUUCACAAUGUCUUAAAUAAAAUUAUUCUGCCAAGUGCUGAAGAAAGUUGAGUGAUAGUGUUCUAUAGAACUCUGCUCUUUGCAUCCUAACAACUACUUGAAAUAGCUGGAGAAAUUAAUUCAGAGCUUUGGAAUGAAAUGCUCUUGUUAUUUGAUGGACAUUCUGCUCUACUACAUCUUACCAUCUAGUUCUAAAAGAACCGUGCUGUUGUCUAAUCAUUGGUCAUUGCCUGGAUGAGGAAUACAAAGCUGAAAUUCAAUCCAUACAAGAUGGAGGUUAUAUUGGUAAGGUAAACAUAAAGGUGAUUAAAAUGAAGCUGGUUCUGAAUAGGCUUGUGCUCCUUUAAAGUGAGCAGAUUUGAAAUUUUGAACUGACAUUUACACACACACACACACACACA